AUGAAAUCUCUUAUUCAAGAACACUUGAAUUAUUUAUUGGAUAGUGAAAUAACAACGGAUCUUGUAUUUCAACAAUUUAUUGAUUUAAACAAUGAACAAAAUGAAAUAUUCCAUGUCAAAUAUAUUAAUAUAUUUGAGGAAGUUAUUAAUGAAAAAUUAAAAGAAUUAACACAACAUGAAAUCAGCAUUACUAAUACCAGUACAAAUUAUAAACAUAUUACGAAUUUAACAGAACAUGUUGAGAGUAUUAUUAUUGAUAAAAAAAAUCAUAUUCAUACAACAACAGAACAAAAUGAACGUCAGAUAGAUUCAGAAGAAGUAUUGUCGUCUUCAACAAAUUAUAAUUACGCUGAAGAUUUUAAUCUGAACAAUGAAAAACUUGAUCAGAAAUCAACCACAUCAACCAUUUUUACCAACAUUCAAAAUGAUACUAUUAGAAAACCGGUAAGAGCUAUGACUAUAAAUUGUACUAAUAAU